CACAAACCCGCUGAGGUGACUCGGUCGAUUCUCGACGAAGGAUCGAAUCCGGCCGAAAUCUCAUGGACGCGGUCUGUAGAACCAACAAUAUGAUUGGGCAUGCCAAUAUCCGCUGUCAACCAGCGCGAGCCUCGCGAAUACCCCUGCCUGAAGCAACCCUAGACUCCUUCUGGCCCUGGCUCGGCCUCUCCUCCGCCAAUCUUAAAGCCGAGCACUGUUCGAGGCAUCUUGAAACUUGACUGUUGACGCGCAUGCCGUCUGGACGUAUAUUAGUAGAAUCCCAUGGCAUUUUCUUCUCAUGUCAAGGUGUCUCACAUCUGUUAAAUAGACAUCAUCCGUGGCCCUUGCCCAGCCUUCGUCUGCUUCCCAUCGCCAAUUGCCAAUCCUCCUGCCAAGCUGCCACUCAUUAUUAACCCAAGUCCGAGGGUGUGUCACUUCUGACAGUCCACGAUGGCUCGCUCAACAGGGGGCGGCUCCGAUUCGUCCAUGACUCUAGACGAGAAAGCACCCGACAUGGCGUACGCCAAGGCGCCCUACUCGCCGUCCAUGGCGCGCAUCGCGUCCCAGCAGCGGGAGACCAUUGCCAACGAGGCCGCCGAGCCGGAGGCCGUCGCCGAGGCCGACCUCGAGAAAACCGGGGCCCUUCCCCCACACCAGCCGGCGCCCGGCAUCUUCGACCCAUCCUCAUUCCCGGACGGCGGCCUGCAGGCAUGGCUCGUCGUCUUUGGCGGCUGGUGUGGCCUGUUCUGCACCUUCGGCCUCAUCAACUGCGUCGGCGUCUUUGUCGAGUAUUACGCCCGUGGCCCGCUCUCUCAUUACAGCCUCCCGACCGUCAGCUGGAUCACCUCGGUCCAGGUCUUCUUCAUGACCUUUUCCGGCAUUGUGUUCGGCCGUUUGUUUGACAAUUUCGGGCCCCGCUGGCUCCUGGUUUUCGGCACCAUCGCCUACGUCUUCGGCCUCAUGAUGGUCUCUCUCUCGACCCAGUACUACCAGUUCUUCCUCGCCCAGGGCGUCGUCAGCGCCAUCGGGUCGUCGGCCAUCUUCAACGCAUGCAUGGCAUCGGUCGUAUCGUGGUUCCACCGCCGCCGCGCGGCAGCCUUCGGCAUCAUGGUCAGCGGCUCAUCCCUCGGCGGCGUCAUCCUGCCCAUCAUGAUGAACCACAUGAUUGCCAAGGUCGGCUAUCCCUGGGCCAUUCGCGCCGUCGCCUUCAUGUUCCUCUUCCUCUGCAGCAUAGCCUGCCUGACCGUCAGGUCUCGCCUGCCACCGAGGCCGAAGCCCCUGGUCAUAGACGACUACCUCUCCGGCUUCAGGCAGCUGUCCUUCGUGCUGACAGUCGCGGCGGCAUUCUUCUUCUUCCUGGGCAUGUUCCUGCCCUUCAACUACAUCAUCCUGCAGGCCGAGGCCAACGGCAUGGAUCCCGACCUAACCGCGUAUCUCCUGCCGAUCAUCAACGCCGUGAGCAUCAUCGGCCGCAUCGCCCCCGGCAUCGUAGCCGACAAGAUCGGGCGCUUCAACGUGACCAUCUUCAUCACCGCGCUCUCGGGCGUGAUCACGCUCGCGCUCUGGAUACCGGGCAAGACCAACGGCCCCAUCAUCGCGUACGCGAUCCUCUUCGGCUUCAGCUCGGGCGGCUUCAUCGGGCUCGGCCCGACCCUGGUCGCGCAGAUCUCCGACAUCCGUCAGAUCGGCGUCCGCACCGGCACCUCGUUCGCCGUCCAGAGCUUCGGCGCCCUCGCGGGGAGCCCCAUCGCCGGCGCCAUCGUCGCCGCCCAGGGCGGCAGCUUCCUCGGCCUGCAGGUGUUCUGCGGCUGCUCCAUGCUGGUGAGCGUCGCGCUCUUCGUCGCCGCGAGGUGGGCUCAGGUCGGAUGGGUUGUCAAGAAGAAGGUCUGAUGUUUGGUGCUUCUCCGGCCGCUCCUGGCUUUUUCGUGUGUUUGCCUUGGGGGAGUACCUGGGCACACGGCCAUCUGGGAUGGAGUGCUUUGAGUUUGAUUUUGAUUUUGUCGGGAACGAUCCCUUCGGGAUGAUCUAUCUCGUCCUAGAAUGGCUUGGUACCUAUGGGUUUGCAUCCUCUGCUGGUGGGCUAGCUUGUGUUUUUGGUUCUUAUUUUGGAGUAAUCUGGACAACUCUCAAUUCCGCAUAGAUAGAACAUGGGAUAGAACGGAAAAGUCAAAAGGCACCGGAUGGUUUGGCAUCGUUUCGGGGGCAAUGGGUUUCUUGCUUACCUCGUAUUAAUUGUCCAUUACUAAAUAAUUCAACGUUUUGGACAACCGGAAAUCCCCACCGCAUCCACCGCACUUGUCCGGUGGCAGCAUAUGAAGACAGCUCAUACUGAUAGGCAAUAUUGGACUUGAA